AUGUUGCGCCAGGACUACAGUCGCAUUGACCCGAAGCGUCGCAAUACCGUGGACCACAGAAAGACGCCGUUCGCGAUUCCGCAGUACAAGGACACCGAGUAUCCUCACCGACUGAACUUUUACACCGACGCGCCGACGGCCGACAUCACCCUUGAGCAGUUUGAACAAUGGGCCAUUGACCGCCUACGAGUCCUGGCGGAAUUGGAGGCCUGCUCCUUUAGAAACCGCGCACCGGCUGAAACGGCCGCACACAUGAAGCCCAUUCUGGACAAGUACCUGCCGCUCGAUACGCGCGGCUCUUCUGCAGACCGACUACUCAGCCAGAGACAAAAGGACCACUAUAGUCACUUUAUCCUCCGGUUGGCAUUCUCUUCGACAGAGGACCUGCGACGGCGAUUCACGCGUGUGGAAACGAUGCUCUUCCGCUUGAGAUUCAAUAACGAUGACUUGUCUGAGCGGUCGGCAUUUGUGUCCAGUCUCGACUUGGAUUGGUGGGAGGCCGUGACAGAUGAUGAGAAGAGGGAGUACGCCUCGGAUUUGGCCGCCAUGGCGACGGGUCCCAAGAAAUCUGCCGCCGAGGACGAAAUGUGGUUCAAGGUGGACUGGGAGAGGGUGCCAGAGUUGGUUGACGGGCGGAGGGUAUUUUUGAAGCAGGGCAAGGCGUAUGUGCCGGCGAGGGAGCAGUCCAGCAUGGUGGUGGCGGAAUUUUCGUCGCGCUUGGAGAAGCAGCUCGAGAUGACUGCGCGCGCUCUGCCGCGUCUAGACGAAGACGACCGUCUGACACCCAUCCUGAACCACCUCUCCAAGAAUUUCAUCACCCCCGACUCGGCGUACACAUCCAACUCGUCGGCCCCCGCUGGCGCCCAAAUCACCGCCUCCAACAUCGACAAUCUCUCCCAGCACUUCCCGGCGUGCAUGUCCCACCUGCACCGCUCCCUCCGGCGAGACGCCCACCUCAAGCACUUUGGACGCCUGCAGUACACGCUGUUCCUUAAAGGCAUCGGCUUGAAUCUCGAGGAGUGCCUCAUGUUCUGGCGCAGCUCGUUCCACAAAAUCACCGACGACCAGUUCAACAAGGACUACAGAUACAAUGUGCGUCACGCGUACGGCGACGUGGGCGGCGACUCGAACAGGCGAGGAGGCGGCUACAGCCCCUUUAGCUGCCAGAAGAUUCUGACAGAGCACCCCCCUGGACCGGGGGAGGCGCACGGCUGCCCGUACAGACAUUUCGACAUGGAGAAUCUGACGGCGCUGGUGCAGGCGAUGGGUGUUUCUGACCGAUCCGUGCUGCAAGGCGUCAAGGAGGACAAGGAGACUCAGAAGUACCACAUGGCUUGUAAUAGGGUGUUUGAGCACCUCCAUAAAGCUGAGAUUAAAAAGGCCAAGGAUGAGGGCGUCAUGACGUCGAAUCAGCUCGAGACUAUUGUUCACCCGAACGAGUACUUCAAGAGGAGUUAUCUGCUGAAGAAUCUGGGAAAGGAGAGUGACGUGAAGAUGGAGGAGUAG